AAAGAGCAGGUAGGCACAGUGACUAAACUUCCUGCUUGUCGGUAAAGUGCUCGUGAUUCCCCAAUAAUCUGUCCGUUUUGAAGGAGAGAGAUCAUUAAGAUAAUAACAGUACCAAGAAGGUCAAGUGAGCGAUUUCCUGUUUCGAUAGAAUUUGCCAUUGUUAUUGCGGUGGUUGGCGGUUCACAGGAAGACUUGUCGGGGAAAAAAGGCUUGACGUCAACCAUUCAUAAUGACGCAUGGACUUACUGUGAAUUAAAGUGCGAAUUUCGGGUGUUCCGUCGGGGUCCUGCUCCUGAUUCCGUGGGCGUCGCAGUCGAGGCAUCCUCAGAGCGCCCACGCCCUCGCCAGCGUGGGCGUGGUCCUCGCCCUCGUCACCUCCACGCUGCUCCUGUACGGGCGCCAGGGACUCAUGUCCGUCGAGCAGUAUGCGGGUGAGGAAGGUGCCUCCGUCGGGUUGAAGUUCAUGAGGCGAGUCCUCGCCCGCGCCAGACCAAGUUCCUGGGCUUCGAGACCUCUACAUGAAGAUGAAGAAUUUGUCGGUUUUGGUCAACCAGGUGGUAUUCUUCAGUCUGUGUGAACGGCUGAUGCUGUCCAAUCAGAGGACGUCGAGCCUGUACACGCUCAUGUUCUUCAAUGUCGUUGCGUACUGCGUGGCCUAUGUCAAGGAGCUGAUCGAGCGCGAGGACUGGAGCAUGUACGUCAACAUCGCGCGCACAUCGAACGUCCGCCACCUGGCCCUGUCCGCCACCAAGAUCGUGCUGGAGUGGACGAAGGCGAUCACCUUCAUCAUCACCGUGGUGUUCAUGCUCCUCGUCUUCGGCCUCGAGAAGGGGCUCAAGAACUACACCCCGACGACCGCCUACCUCGUCGUCACCGGGCUGUACUUCCUCGUCACGGAGAAGGUGUUCAUGGACAUGGUCGCCUCGUGGCUGGAGAACAGGAGGUUCGACUACUUCGAGAGCCUGGAGACCUUCUACGUGCCGGCGCUCAUCCUCCUGCUGCAGCUCUCCUCGUCGGCGCUCAUGACGGGGCUCUGCGUGUUCACCGGGAACCUCAGGCUCGUCUUCCUGUCGACCUUCACGAACAUCAGAAUCAAGUACCGGGAGCUGCAGGAGGGCUACGUCAAGCCGCUGCGCCACGAGCUGGAGGCGCUCGAGCUCUACCGCGUCGCCACGCACGCGGAGCUGGCGAACCACGACGACGUGUGCGCCAUCUGCCUCACGCCCAUGACCUGCGCGCGGAUCACGCCCUGCCAGCACUUCUUCCACGCGGACUGCCUGCGCCGGUGUCUCAAGGGCAGCAACAAGUGUCCCAUCUGCCAGUUCCACUUUUUGUGAUCCGACGAGGCUCUCCUCUCUUCGAUGUUGCUUUCCCAUUCUUUCCUUGUCUCUCUCUGCUCUGGACUUCUGUUUCAAGGGUUCCUCUCUUCCUGAGACAUGUGAUAACUAGAUGUAUAGAAAAAAAUCUUCCGAAUAUUAAGAGAUACCAAUUUAAAGAAGAGCCUUUAAUUUAAUACGUAUUAGUAGAUAAGGUAUCAAUUUAAGUCAUAUUCAGAAAAUAAUGUAUGCAUGAAUUCACACUUUAUAACCGCAAUAGAUUUAAGAGAUUGAGAAAAGUCACAAAAGAUUUUUUUUUGAGAUUAUUUUUUAUUUAAUUACGAAAUGCCCUGAAAGAAUUAUUUCGAUGUACGGAUAUAUGAAAAUACAUAUUUAAAUCAA